UGCGAUCGGUGUUAUCGCCGAAAGAGCAAGUGUGACCGACUCCAGCCCUGCACCUCCUGUAGCAAAGGCGGGGCACAGUGCCACUAUACGGACCGGAGCAAAGAAAGGACGGUCCGACCGGAUGUCGUGGACCAACUCGAGAAGCGUCUCGCUCAAGCGGAGAACCGAAACAGAUCUCUGGCCGCCGAGCUAUCCAGGAUCAGAUUGGCCAGGUCACAGAACGUUAACGAUGAGACCUCAGGUAGCAUGUCCCAACAAGCAGAGCCAGUCAGCAACACGAGUAGAAGAAGUGAUGUUGCGGCUCAGAUCUCUAUACUGUCGACUAGUGCUGCCGGCGAACGGCAAUACUUGGGCUCUACCAGCGGUGUGCUUUUCGCGGAUCUCGUGAGAGCCAGUGUCGACGUUCCUCAUUCGAGGCAUCCAUCACCACCGACUACAACACAUACCGAAGACUCUCCAGACGCUCCCGAAUAUAUCCGACCAGAGAUACCACGGGAGCUACCUUCGAAGAAUCUAGCACGGAAAUUGGUUCAAGCCUAUCUUGAUCAUGACUUCCUUUGCUACCCUUUCCUCAUACCAUCAGAGAUCUUUAGGAUUCUGGACUGUCUAUAUAGUUCUGGUCUGGCCAGCUUAUCAUGCUACGAGCUGUUCGUAGUUGAUAUGCUUUUUGCUAUCAGUACAGCACAGGUCUCUAAAUACGACUGGAGACAGCUACCUAGUGCCGAGAGCCAUCAUGCUCGAGCCAUGUCUACCAUUGGUGACGUGCUGCGACUAGGUGGUUUGCAAUCCUUACAUGCCAUCCUCUUGCUUUGCCAGUACAGGACUGGUAGUUCUAUACAGGACAACUCAGGAUCGAUGUGGCUACUAGUCGGUAUAGCUGCUCGGAUGUGCUUCGAGAUGGGAUUGCACAAAGAGUCAGCCUACCAGCUGAGUGGACCUGGAGACGACGACACUACAGCGAAACCCUAUCUGCUACAAGAGUCGAAAAGAAGAUCUUUCUGGAGUGUGUUGUGUAUGGACAGAAUAACUUCGCUCAUACUCGGAAGACCUUGCGCUAUACGAGACGACGAUUUUGACCACGUCUGUCCGACUGAAGAUCCCACUGUUUGUCCAACCUCGAGUACCGAUACGCCAGCCGCGCAUUUUGUGUUCAGACAUAUUGUGUCUUAUCGAUUACUCUGCGGACGCAUCGUGUCUGCUCUGCAUCGGAAGAAAGCUCCGGACACCACAGAACAGCACGUCCUUCGAAUCAGGCAAGAACUCUGUGCAGAUCUUGAGAGCUGGAAGCACGAUGUAGAACAGCUCCAUCUGGAGCACAGUUCGCAGAUCUCCUCAUCCUGUCACUUGUCCACAGAAUGGUACAAUCUGUUGUAUUCCAAUGCUAUGCUCAUACUCUGGCGGCCUUCACCACUCUUACCCGACAUCUCUCACGACGCGAACUCUCUACAGCACAUCUUUGACUCUGCAAAACAAAGCAUCACAAUUUAUGCCAGCCUUCACAAGUCUCGAAAGAUAAACUACAGCUGGAUCACUCUGCAAUCCGUGUUUCUCGCUGGCCUGUCAUAUGUGUAUGCAUGUGGCCGUCACUUCCGCUCGCGCUGGCGAAACCCUACCGAACCAUCAUUACAGAAAGAUCCAACGACCAUCGAAGUAGUCAACGACACCAGAGCUUGCUCGAACGUAUUGGUAGCCGUUUCCGAACGCUGGAACGCACUCAGAAACUGUCAUGAAGUGUUUGACAGACUGUCAGAUGCGGUGUUGAGUGAUGCGAUUAAGCUACAGACAGCUCAAGCACAACACAUGGCUCAAACUAUGAUACAGCAACCUGUCAGUAUCAACAAUGCCAACUUUGGCAGCGGUAGUCUGAUGACACCGCGGGACGCGACCACUUUCUCGCCCUUGGCCGUGGACACCGAAUUCUUACAUUGUUUCGAUGAUUUGCAGCAGCUGUACAACAUGCAGCAGAUUGAAGAUCCGAUUAUGGAAUUGAGUCAAGACUGGCUCGGUUACUUGGGG